UUCAAACUGAUUGCAGAAGGUUCACACCUGUUGUUCCCAAGCUCUAUCAUGUCAACCAUACAGGAAGCUGAGCAACUCUAUGAAGAUUCAAUGCCCCAAGCUUGGGUGGAUGAGGAGAACAUCUACUGCAUUCCCGAUAACUUGGGCUUGAAUGCUGAGGAUCUUCCAGAGAAACCCAAUCUGCAGUUGAUCAUCGGAAAAAGCGAAAGCAACCACAGCGCAUCCCUUUCUCCACGUUCUACAACUCCAACAUCUCCUGACUACAUGAGAUCUCCAUAUUCACCCACAGCCAUAUACGCCGAUCCUAUGUCACCCACCUCUCCAAGGGAGUAUGUAGCACCACUUGGUCUCUCCACCCGGGUCUUGGACACCUCUCGGCAAAUGAACACCAAUGGGGAUGAGGUGGAUUACGAGGCACAAGAGGAUGAUAUCUGCCUCUAUGUCAGGGCCGGCAGUGACGGGGAGAGUAUAGGAAACUGCCCCUUCUCCCAGCGCCUCUUCAUGAUCCUCUGGCUGAAAGGAGUCGUCUUCAAUGUAACCACAGUGGACCUGAAGAGAAAGCCGGCAGAUCUACACAACCUCGCACCGGGCACCCACCCUCCCUUUCUCACCUUUAACGGGGAGGUGAAGACAGAUGUGAACAAGAUAGAAGAGUUCCUGGAGGAGACAUUGGCACCACCAAGAUACCCCAAAUUGGCAGCAAAGCAUCGCGAGUCAAACGCAGCCGGAAUCGACAUUUUUUCCAGAUUUUCUGCGUACACCAAAAACACCAAGCUGCAAGAUAAUGCCGUUCUAGAGAAAGGCUUGACAAAAGCCCUGAAGAAGCUGGACGAUUACCUCAACACACCGCUCACCGAGGAGAUCGAUGCAAACAGCCGAGAAGAAGAAAAGGUCUCCAGACGGAAGUUUCUGGACGGGGACGAGUUGACACUCGCGGACUGUAAUCUCCUGCCCAAGCUUCAUGUGGUCAAAAUUGUUGCAAAGAAGUAUCGCAACUACGAAAUUCCGGCAGAGAUGUCCGGCGUGUGGAGAUACCUGAAGAACGCCUACGCCAGAGACGAGUUCACCAACACCUGCGCCGCGGACAAAGAGACAGAGCUAGCCUACGCGGACGUGGCCAAGAGGCUCUCCAAGUCCUAACUGCACCAGCCGAAAGGUCCUCGGACCGUUAGACUGUUCUCCGUGUUGCCUUAGGAUGGAUCUCCUCCAGCUUAUCCACCCCCUACCACCCCUACGUCCAGAUCCUCCGACGCUGUGCCGCUUGGCAAGAAGAGCUCUCCCCGGGGAAAACUGGGAAGAAAUUAACUGUGAUCAGCACAAAAUGAGGGACAAUGGCCGCGAGGUUCACCGCGCGCACUUCCCUCCGAAGAUUCGACAAAUCGUCUUAAGGCAAUAACGCGCGUUCAUAUAGAAAAGUAUUUUUGUAAUGUAAGCUGACUCCUUUAAAGAGUGAUUUAUAAAAUGUAUUAUUCAUGAUUGUA